CUGACAUCGGUCAGAUAUCAUUUAACCUCAAAAAUUGUAAAUUUCAUACAAAUAUUUUCUAAUUUAGAUCACAUAUACAAGUAUGUUAUUUUCUGCAGAAAUUACUGAUUUUAAAAUAGUGUACAAUGUUCUACGAUCAAUUGCAAUUAAAGAUUUUGUUCUUUUGCGCCCCAUGGAGGAAGGUCUGAAACUAACUCUUGAUGAAAUGAGAUGUGUUGAGACUUCUGCCUACAUGCCUAGAGAAAUGUUCACAGCAUACCAUGUUGCUCAAGCUAAAGAUGUUAUACUAAAAGUGAGUUUGAAGGCUUUGGUAGAUGUAUUGAACAUUUUUGGAGAAGACUGUAGUCCCAACUUGAAAGUAAUGAUGUCCUAUAAGUCAGAGGGAUCAUCAUUAUGUAUAGAUAUGCAAGAACAUGAAGAAAAUAUAACUAUUAACUGUGAGUUGAAAACUCUAACAGUAGAUGAUGCAAAUCAAAUCAGCUUAGCAGAUGAAUGUAAUCUAAACAAGGUUGUGUUGAAUGCCCAAAUAUUUGCUGAGCUGUUAAAUAGAUUAGACAACUCAGCAGAUGAGUUGAAAGUUGUUUUGGGUCCUGAUCCUCCAUAUUUUACUUUGAGCACAACAGGCAUUGCGGGUGAAUCUCAAGUAAGUAUCUCAAAAAACUCAGAUUCAGUAACAGUAUUCCAGUGCAGUGAGCAAACUGUGUCAACUUAUCAGUUUUCUAACAUCAAAUUUAUACUAAAAGUGAUGGGGUAUGCAGACAAAGUAGCUGUAUCAACAGGAUCAUCAGCAAAGAUGAAACAAGUAGUGAAUAUCACAUUGCGUAACGUAUAAUGAUGCAGGCUUAUCAACGUCUGCAUUAUUUCUGGAUGAAUUCCGUCAAAGCAGUAGCUGCCAACUAUAGUAAUUAAGCUGUAAUUAGAGUCAAAAUUUGAAGUCUACUAGAAAGAAACCUUAUCAUAAAGGUUCACAAGGCUUUAGAUCUUGAUACACAUACUGUACUGUUAUCAUACGUGGCACUGAGCUGAGUAUGUAUUUGUAAAAUAGUUUCUUUAUAAAAUGAUGUAUACCAACAUUCAUAAUAAUCCUUCAUGGAAAUAAAUAUGUGUAUGUAUUGUCACAUUAUUUGUAUUUUUUCUAAAUCUGAUGAGAAGUUGAACAUGUUAUGAAAUCACUCAUUUUUUUUUUUAUUUUUAAUCGUAUAUUGAGUUGCCUGGAAAUCUAUCGAACCAAAUAACUUGUAUUUAUUGGGUGCAUUCGCAGUGUGAUUUUUAAAUAUAAUGUAUUAUUUAGCUUUAAGGCAUUGAUAGAAAAAUUGCAUUUGUUCUAAUUUUACAUCCAAACUGAAGUGCUACCC